AUGCAGAUGCACCUAAACAGCUUGGAGAAGGGAAAGAAUACAUUACAUCAAGUUGAGACGAGCAUCUUCUGUCCUUCAAAAUCAUUUGUAUUGCUUGUUGGAUUUAGCCGUGGUUGCAAGCAGUACUCAAAACUCAUCUUAGAUCUGGUAAGAACUGCUCGCACCAUCACUGUAUCAUCAUCAUCUUUCAGAUAUAUUGAGGGAACUGUCGUCCAUCUUCCACAUGAACUGCUCCGAUCUUGGAUAUAUGUAACGAUAGACUUCUUCCGGACUUCGAGAGCUGGCCAAACCAAAGUUCAAACAUAUGGACCACAUCUCUAUGAACCCUACAAGUCUCUGGAAGUCAUGUGGGCACACAGUGAGCAAUCAAUGCAUCAAUCUUAUGCUAUUUAUGGACAAGCCCUAAAACCAUAUGGGCCAUGCUGGGGUGUUUUUGUGAUGACAACAACUAAUGCUGAUAUGACCGAAUCCCACUGACUUCAACGUGACAUGAGCAUUUCCCCGAGCAGCAAGUAAGUAGUAAUUUUCGUUGUGCUCAGCCACCCAGGAACUCGAGGAAGAAGACGAUAAUGGCAGAGAAUAGGAGCAACAAGACAGAGCAAGUGCUUAAGGAUUUGAUAACUGUCAUCAGAGUUCCUGGCUUUGGAGUACUGAAAGCGAGCAGCUUCACGCUGAAACUGGACAGAAAUGCGAAGAACAUCACCAGCACGCAGAGCUUGAGCUGCAAUUCACUGCCUUUUCUGCCGAUAAAUCCUGAGAAGACGCCCGUAAGACCUCCGAAGCUGAUGGAUGUCGUGGUAGUACCGACCUUGGAAAUGAGUUUGAGCUUGAGAUCUUGACCAACGUUGGUAGUAGUGCGCGGUUCGUGCGGCUGUUUCUGGGUGCUGUGCCACUCUAUGCAGAACCAAAGAGUGACUCCAAGAAAUGGUGUCGGCAGGAGAACCAGUACAAGGAAGACGUCAAGGAACGCAGACGCCGCCGUAGCGGCUACGAGUGCCAAUGAGCCCAGCAGAGAGUAGCUGAGUGCUUUGAGGAGCUUGGUAAGGAACUCCCUGGUGCUUUGCUGCUUGAAGCUCGGUGGGACUGAGCUGAGCAGCAUCAACAGAAGGCCGAACAUGGCGGCGAAGAACAUCUGAAAGAUGCAGAUUUUCGUGUUUAUGGUAAGGGCUUGAUCCGAAUUACUUUUAGCGGUCCCAAUAAGAGUAGUUAUCAGCCCACUGAAUGCAAGGGAGACAACAGUGGAUGAGAGACCCAACGAAUGUUUCAGCUCUGAUUUACAGCUUCCAUAUCCUGUGGAAUUCUGAUCAUGAUCAUCGCCUGCGUGGAAUAUGAAGUAGAGGAGGGUGCCGAGAAGCAAACAUCCCGGAAGCAGGGCUGCCAGAAACAUAGAGCGUUUAUGGAGGAGAGUUGAGAAACCAGCUGCUGUAAGGAUGAGGAGAGCGCAUGAAAUGACGAGGAGGAAAACGGUGGUCAUAUGCUGGCCUCUUUGGACACUGUGAUUCUUGCGACUUAGCAAAUUGAUGGUGAAGAACAUUAGGGUUACCCCACAGAGAAGACUGCAGGUGGUGAGGUAGCCGCAGAUGAGAAGGUGCAAUUCGUUUGCAUGGCCUUUCAGAUCUCGCUGUGCUAUGAAAACUGCAAACACUGCCAUUAAGCUGAUGAUGAUAUCAAUGAAGGCGAACUGUAGGAUUUGCUUCAACUUGGAUUCAUAAUAGCUACAUGUUUCAUAACCUCUUUCUGCCUGAAUCAAAGAUAGACAAAAUCCUCAGAUUCUUGAGAAAAGAAGAAGCAGAAGAUCUAAAGGCAGCGAUAAACAUGAAUAAGACAACGCAACGAAUAAAUACAUGUUUCCAUCCGAUACAGAAAAACCUAUUGUUGGAAGUUGUUUAUAGCAAGCAAAUAGAAGAAGAACUAAAACAUGUGUCUUUGUCCUAUCAAAAAAUUAUUUUGAGGCUUAAACAAGUCUUGAGAAGUUGCAUAUCUUUCCAAGAAGCUUAGCAAAGGCUUGAGAAUCACUUGUAUUAAUUUCUUGCAUAUGUAAAUUUGUUUGGGGGAUCCAAAAAGAAAAAGAUGUGUCAGGAAAUUCAAGGAAAAAAAAGCAGAAAUAAUAAACAGUGAUUCAUAUUA